CUUGAGUCUCAGCUAAAAACAGAACAGCAGCAGACAAUGUCUAACGAUCUGCAGAGCAGAGGAAAUCAACUCUCAGAGCAAUCCCCAAACAAUGAAGCAGCAGCAUGGCAGAACCAAGACCCGAUCAAUAUCGUCCUUCUGGGAAGGACUGGUGUUGGGAAAAGCUUGGCAGGAAACAUGAUACUGGGAGAAAACAGAUUUAGAUGUGGAAUAGGUCUGUCAUCUAUUACAAAAGUGUCUAGUGCUGAGUGUAAAGAGAUUGAUGGCAGAAAUGUCCGUGUCAUUGAUACUCCUGGUUUUUUUGAUACCACACUUUCAAACAAAACAUUGACAUGGGAGUUUGCAAGGAGUGUGUAUCUGUCCACACCAGGAGUUAACGCGUUCUUGUUCGUUGUGCCAUUUGGUAGAUUCACAGAGCAUGAGGCAGAUAUAUUGAAUCAAGUGAAGAUGAUUUUUGGGGAAAAUGUGCUGAAGUAUGUUAUAAUCCUCUUCACACACGGGGAUGAAUGUGACCACAAGACAGUAGUCUCAGAGAUAGAUCAGAAUCAAUUUGUGAAAAAAGUCAUACAGAGCUGUCGUGGGUAUCACAUCAUUAACAACAGAGAUCUGAAUAACAGACGACAGGUGACUGAACUACUGCAGAAGAUCCUGCUUAUCAAUGGUUACUACACACAUAAGAUGUAUGAUUGGGCACGAAAGAAUCUAUUUGAAAAGAUUUUGCAUUACUUGUAGUUUUUCAUUGAUGUUGUUAAAUAUUUCACUGGAGUAAUCAACAGUUUCACAAAGUCAUUUCCACCAGAAUCAUAUAAACUACUUUAAUACUAUCAUUAUACUAUAUUAUUCUGUAGAAAUUACAGUUUUACUUGCAGCUGGUUGCCAGUAACUUACCGUAGAUUUAUAUUUG